AUGACUGCGAAAAUUUUGAUGCAAAUAUUUGGUCUAUUCGUGCUGUUUAUCGUAUCAAUAAGAGCAGAACAAUGUUUGCCCGGUCCAUUCCGCAAGAACACGUCGUCCCCAGCGACAGACUACGCCGAAUGCAACGCUUGGAGAAGUGAUACAUGUUGUACUGCCACCUUUACCGAAAUACUAAACAAAACACAAACCAGAGAGCCACAUGCCAGGGGCCAUUGUAAAAACAUUUCCAAGGUAGAGUGCAUCUUUACUGUUUACUUCGAUGUUAUAUACAGUCGGUGACUUGCACACGGGUCACCAUAACCCCAUUUAUAUGAGCGAUUAUUUAUAAGGCCUGAUGCCACGACGGCGAAAUUCUUGGCGCGAUAAUAAUUGACAAAUCGUGCCUGCGAAAUAUGGAUGGCUGCACAUGAGUGACUCAUUGAAUUUGCACACUUUCUUCGCUUUUGCGAGAAAAAAUUGCGCGCAAUUUUUUUUCGCGAAGCCUAAUUUGUCUUUUAAACCAGAAAGAAAAACAGUUUAUUUUAGAGACACAAGGGACCAUCGGAAGUUUGCUAUGGUAUUGAUGACUGUGAAGACGUGAAUGAAUCAGUUAUACUAUUAAAUCAUAUUAUUACACUGGCCUGUAGGCCAAGUGUCUUAAAUCCCUCUUUUUCUGUUUUUUUCGUAGUCGAGAAAUCGAGUUUGCGUUAGCGCAUCGCAGGCUCAAGGUGCAACGAUCAAGCCAAAAUGCCAUCGAUUCCCUCCGUUCCAUGAUUCAAAUACAAUAGCAACAAAUUACGUAUUUAUGUACGUACUAGCUGACCCAUGCCAUGCUUGUGGUACAUUUUUCGUUUAUUAGCCUAUACACUUGUACGCACGCGCACAAUUCCGAACUGCAAUGGCGGAUUUUCACAGAGUGAUCAAACUAUAUUUUACACAGUUGCGUUGAAUUUUCAAAGAAUUGUGCCGGUUUCCUAUGUAUUUUACGUUGUGUCGUACUCUGGACUUUCUUGCGUGUUGAAUUAAUGUGUUUUUCUUUGUGUAAAAGAAAAGCUUUGUGGUAGCUAUACUGAAAGAUAAAGCGUGCGUUCAAAAUACCAACAAGAACUAGAACCAUUAUUGUAUAAUUUGUAUGGUUCUCAUUUGCUAGACUUGCCACAAGUCAACCUCGAAGAAACGCAUUUCGUUCGAGGUCGACUUGUGGCAAGUCUACUCAUUUACAGUAACAUUAGUUCGACGCGAAUUUUAAUACAAGUAUGGUAUCAUAUUUCAUAAUACAACAAUGUAAACUAGCCAUACAUUUUGCCGAACAUAACUUCGGCCCCUUUGGACAUAUCUUUUUCGUGAUAAUGUUAUUGGAACCAGAAUCGAAAACAUUAUUUAUAGUGUUAUUUUCAAGCUUGUGUCUUGAGAUUCUCAUCUUUUAUUUCGGUAUUUACAGAAUAUUUAUAUUUUUAGCGCGGCCCAUGGAACGCACAUGAAAACAACGCGCUGUUAGGAAAAACCGGAAAUCGAUUCUGUAGGUCGGCAUGAUUUGCACGUGCAUCGAAUUUGCUUGCGGUUUAAGAUUUGUAUUCCUGCCUUUUGCACCAUAGCACGUAUCUCGUUAUUUUCAGGCCAGUGUGAACGCCUGAGCAGGCGUCUUGUUAUAUAUCAAUAGUCAAAGUCGCAUUUUUCUAGUGUUUUAAUUAUUGGUUGAGAGCGUAUCACGUGAGAGUGACGAAAUUAGACUGUCUCCCUCGCAACAGCGCGAGAUAAUACGUUAUCGACCGGCGAAUAACAAAAAAAAUCACGUGCGCCAUCACGUGAAGAUGCGAUCUUUGGACAUGCCUAUAGUACGUAAUUAAAACUUUCGCUUUAAAUAACUACAGUGUAGCCAGUGUUUAAUAUAACGUUUUAACAAUAAAAUAUUUCAUGUAUUUACGUUCAUUUGUUCUUUAAUUUGUUGUUUCUUUGACUAUUGAUAUAUAAUAAAACACUUAUUUACUGAGACCUCGGGAAAGCAGUGUGUUUUGUGGACCCUCGAGUCGACCGUCGAUGUUUCCCUCGGCGCUCUCGGUCUCAGUAAAUAAGUGAUACAAUUAUCACUUCUGCAUUCAACAACUGUUUUCCAUUGAUUAAAGUAAAAUUAUCCACACGAGAUCCCCCAUACAUAGACCCUUUGGUAAAACAGUUAUGUAAAAUACGCAUACCAUCAGCAAGGACAAUAUACCCAAUCCGAAACGAUCUAAAACCGCGAUUUGUCAACUUCAACGUCUCGAUAUUCAAUUUGAUCCUAGCAACUAAAACCUACAACAUCAAUUUCACAUUUCAUGCAGCACUACCUCAUUCCUUAAAAGUCGUCGUAUCGUGGUAUCAUUGUAUUGUAUCAUUGCAUUCUACCAUCUUGGAUAUGUGCAUCCUUUGUCGGAUAUGGGUGACGUCACAACCGUUUAUUCUGUGGUGCUAAAAUUAUUUUGUAAAUUGCUAUAUUUCUAACACUGUCUAUUUUAAUUAAAUUAAACCACAAGCUAUGUAAAAGCAUUUAAAAUGAUGUUAGUUUUGAGUUUUAAAAUGUUGUGAUGUCAUUUAGAGACCAUGUAAAAUCCGUUCUGCGCAUACGUUCUGCGCAGGCCUACAUUACAAUGGUCGGGGACCCGACCAUUGGAAUGUUGUUAAUAUUUAUAUAAUAACCUCAAGAAUUCAUGCGAUUUCAUUGGUCGAGAGCCAUGAUCUAUUAGAGGACAGACGCACGGAAUUACGUCAUUAGUUUUUAAAAUGUCAAAAAUAUUUGAAAAUUCCACUGAUUUUAUACAAAUUGGAUGAAUUCAUGCAGUUAAAUCUAUAAACAUCAAUAAAUACCUUCGAUAAAUGUGUACAAGUCGCUCACAAAAGUUAGCAUCUCGGCAAAUCUCAUCAAUUCAGUCAUUCAGCUGCGACUUCAAAUUCAAUCCGGUCUUCGAAAACCGAGGGGUCCGACACGGCUGAAAUCACUAAAACUUCGUUGUGAUUGAGCCCACAGUCUUAUAUACAGCGAUAACUCACAGAAAUCAGGAAAUCGGGUUAGAAAUCAGGUUAGAAAUCCACCCGUUCCGCACGUUGUAACCAAUAAUGUAUUGGCGUUGUAAUGCCAUUGUAUGCAAUAAAGUAUUGGGUUGUAACUGAAGACAAAACCGCAAGCAUUACACAAGAGUUUUAGUUAUAAAUGUAAUUGGCUUAGCUUUGCGGACGGCGGUUUUGUAGUUCCCCGGAGGGGUAGCCGGCCGGGUAGGGGUUAGUGUUGUGGGGUUAGGGGUUGGGAGGUGGGGUUAGUGGUUGGGAGGUGGGGUUAGUGGUUGGGAGGUGGGGUUAGGGGUUGGGAGGUGGGGUUAGGGGUUGGGAGGUGGGGUUAGAGGUUAGGAGGUGGGGUUAGAGGUUAGGAUUAGGGUUGGGAUUAAUUGUAAAUCCAUUGUAACCCAAUACUUUAUUGCAUACAAUGGAAUUACAACGCCAAUACAUUAUUGGUUACAACGUGCGGAACGGCUGAGAAAUCACGUCAGAAAUCAAGAAAUGCAUUAUAAAUCAACAGAAAUCCGUUUAGAAAUCAGAUUAAAAAUCAAGAAAUCUCGUACGCUUCAUGUGGCCGUGUCGGACCCCGAAAACAAACCGCCCCCGUGUCGGACCCCGAUUCGAAAACAAAUACUAUUUGAGUCAUCUGACCCUGUCGAUGUCACAUUUCCCAGAUGGUUUAUUCACUUUGUGCAACAUAGGCAAUGUUUAAGUGUUUUUCGAUCACCAUAGUCGCUCAGAACAAAAUAAUUGCCUUUUUAUCACACGUUUUUAUAUCUUUAAAACAAUGUUUUUUCACUUAGUUUUUCCUUAUUUAUUACCGUCUAGCGCAUUCUAAGCUUAGCCAAUCAGAAUUCAGCACGUGACAUAAGCGAGCCAAUAGCGUUUUAUUAUUUGUAUAGAUCAUGAACGCAAUGAUAUUUGCAAAAUUUCGACUUCCAAAUGUUUGGGGGAAUAGAAAUAAACUGUUUAACUGUUUAAUUUAACUGUUUUAUUAUAUAAAACAAAUAGAUUACAUUUUCCCGUUGUCUGUUCAGUUAUAGAUACACAGACAGUAUGACGUCAUAUGUGGUAAGAACAAAAAGUGACCACUCGCCUAGGCGGCUCGUGCACUUUUUUGUUCUUACCACAUAUGACGUCAUACUGUUGUAUCUAUAACUGAACAGACAACGGGAAAAUGUAAUCUAUUUGUUAAUUCGCACCUUCCGAACUUUCUUGAAUUGAAUCUCUAGUCCGUCCGUGUUAAAAAUUCAGCAUAAUAUAUAACUAAUCAUAUUUUACAACUGUAGCACUGACUUCAAAAUGUAAACAAAGCGUUUGUUUACAUUAUAUACGGACUUUACAUGGCCUUUAAUAAGAUCUAAUGAUAAAACAAGAUGGCGGAUACCAGAAUGUUUUCGUUCCUAAUUAAUACAUGAAAAACUUUCUCCACCGAUUCUAAUUGGCUAAGAGCAGUGCAACCUUUUCGAAAUACAAUACCAAAAAGUGAAAUACAGUGCAAAAAACGAAAUACAGUGACAAAAAAAUGAAAUACAGUGCAAAUAAUAUUUUGAUGAGUUUGUCAAGAUGGGCCACCAAUUUCUUGGGGGAAAUUUCAUGUUUCCUUCUGGUCUCCCGUAGCAGUUACUUUAUGACCGGUCUCUUAUUCCUUCUCAUGUAGAAAUGUGAAAAAUUUCUUGUGGAAGAGGAAUGUUUCUAUACAUGUGAACCUCGCCUAAUCCUGUGGAGUCACACCAAGUCAUCUCUAAAUGCUUCCGCAAAGGGGGUGCCAAUCUGUGGUGAUUAUUGCGACGACUGGUACGAAGCUUGCAAAGACGAUGAAACGUGUGUGAAAGACUGGCAAGUUGGUUCUGAUUAUUCGAACUUGUCGUUCACGUACACGUGCCCCAAGGACGUUGCAUGUACUACUUUUAAACAGGUGAGGUCAUGAUUGCGGUUAGCCUGCGAACAGGCUCUCAAGCUGAAUUGAGAGCCUGCAUCGAUGACUAAUGAAUUUGAAUAUCUGCCCCGUAACGUUCGUUUUUCCAAAUAUGGAAUGUCUAUCCUUAUAUGGUGUUGUUUACAACUUUCGUGCAAACUAAAUUUAGACCGUGCAAACUAAAUUUAGAUCGUACAGUUUAUACUGUUUUUCGAAAUAUAAGAUAUUCAAGCAAAAGUUCAAAUGUUUUAAACACUGUUUUCUCAAAACAGAACAUUUCGUGCUUUGAGAUAAGACGGCCAAGACCAAUUUGAUCAGUUAAUGUGUUUUUUUAUGCAUAGUGCUUCAGCAGUUGACAUAUAUAGAGCUCAGCGGAAACAUAUAAAUUAUAGCAUCUGACCAAUGAGAAUUUCGCGUCACGAUUUGAGACGCAGAUAUUCAAAUUCAUUAGUCAUCGAUGCAGGCUCUCAAUUCAGCUUGAGAGCCUGUUCGCAGGCUAGAUUGCGGUUAUCGUUCCAUGUUUCGCCAAGGGUGGGUUGUAGCGAAGUAGUUGUAGUUCGCUACUGUAGCGAACUACAAUUUUCAAGUAGCCAGUAGUUUUUGACUACUUUUUUAAAACAGUAGCUGUAGUUAUAGCGAACUACAUUUUGCCUAAAAGUAGCCAAGUAGUUGACUACUUUUCAAACAGCGAAUCGCUAUUCACUACUUUCUAAAAUUGUUAGCAACUUGAUAGAAUAGAAUGAUAUUGAGACACGGUUUGCUUAAAAUCAAUACUCAAUAGUCAAUUUGCACUCUUGAACAUCUACUAACUCAGGCUGAAAUGUUGCUUUGUGUUUACUGUUGCUAUUCAUAAGUCGCCGGAUUUGUUAUAUGUUACAUUUCAGCCUGAGUUAGUAGAUGCUCCAGAUACAGUAGCCUGUGCACAUCCUGUAGUACAGGGUAAUACAGGAUGUGCACAGGCUACAGAUACAGUAACACUAAAAAUAUAGCGUAGCGAAAUAGCGAAAUAGUUCGCUACAUUUUUUAAGCUGUAGUCAGUAGCGAACUACCUUUGUUCAAAAGUAGCAGUAGUUGUAGCUGACUACAUAUUUUUGAAGUAGCUAUAGUUAUAGCGAACUACAAAAAUUUUGUAGUCAACCCACCCUUGUGUUUCGCGCACCAAUAUAAGUUAGGGUUAGGUAUUAGGGUUAGGUUUAAGGUUAGGGUGUGUAUAUACGUGUAUGGAGGUAUCCAGUUAACUUUUCAGUACACUAUAAUAUCCAUUCCAUAACGUUUACUAUAUUGGUGCGCGAAACAUGGAACGAUUGUCAAGAUUGCAGUCGAAUCUGUUUCAUUGAACUAUAAGUAAACUGGAAUGCUAAUGGGGGGGGGUUGAAGUCAGUGCAUUUCAGUUUUUCUGAGUUAUGAGCAGAAAUACUCAACACUAAACGUUGUGCUGUAUAUGAAACUGAAGCUAUUGAAAAACGCUAUUUGGUGUAGAAAUUUCAAGACUUUAGCUAAAAGGGAAAUAUUUAAAAACUACAAAAAUAAUUGCCUAUAAUUUGCCAUUUUUUGGCCGAAUGGCAGCUGUUUUUGUAUUUUUAAAAUAGUUUUCUUUUCGCCGAAGUCUUGAAAUUUCCACACCGAAUAUUAUAGCAGUUUUCAAUAGCUUCAGUUUGAUAUAUAGCCCAACGUUUGGGAUCAAGUAUUUCUGCUCAUAAUUCAAAAAAACUAUUUUGGCUUCAACAAAACAUGGGCCUUCAUCAUAGCACAUUAGCAGUUUGCCUUCCAGUUUACUUAAAGUUCAAUGGUCUGUUCUGCCCAGGCACAAAACUAAGGGCCUGUUUAUAUGGAAGCGAGUUACCCGGCAAAGCGAGUUACUCGCCUAGGCGGGACAAACAAGCGCGCUCUGUUUAUAUGGAACCGAGUUAUUCGCCGAAAUGGCGCCAAAACACAAAAAGGAUUUUAAAUCGUUUGGAGCGUUAAAAAAACAUUACAAAAUGUGUCGUCAAAAUACAAGAAUAAGCGCAGAGAAAUUCAGGAAAACUUAUCUAUCGAUUCGUAUGUAUUUUUUAGCUAUUAUAUUUCAAAUGCAAAUUAAGCACAUAUAUUCUAUCUCUGGUAAUAUAUUCAUCCCGCCUAAGCGAUAUCCCGCCUCUUUCUGCCGGGAACUCGCCAAGGCGAGUUACUCGGCUGCAUCAUGUAAACAGCCACCCUGGAUUGCUAUAAGUUUCUAUAAUAGCCGGGAUCUCGCCUUUGCCGAGUAAUUCGCCUUGUCGGGUAACUCGAUCCCCUCCAUAAAAACAGACCCUAAAGGAGCAAAAUUGGAACACAGUGGCAAACGUCCGCGCGUAUUUACUAUUUACUGCUUCUAUUCAAAACGAUAAGACUGGAAAUAGUAUUGUCUUCACGAAGAGCUCUAGCGAAACGUUUAAAGAAAAUUACGAGUGUUAAACUCAGUAUAACUUCGUCUUGACACAAGGGAACAGCGCUGAAAUUCCCUUCCUUAUAGUUUCAGCCGUUUCCUUAUAGUAACCGACGCUUUUCCCGUAUUUAUUUCCGUUAUUUUGGCAGACAUUUUCCCCGCCAUUUCUGAAACUGGGAAUGACACGGAGUUGGUAAAACCCUUAACCAUUAUAAAGAUAGGAUUAAAUAAUUUUCGACAAGGUCGUUUUCCUGAUAUUGCGAUUUAGUGAUUUACUUAUAUUACACGCGUAAAACUCGAUCUCACAUGUUGUAUAGCAAGUCUGCCAACAAGCCGUCAACAAGUUGUGUUCGCACCGCUUGUUCCAAGUUGUCAACAAGUUUGGAACAAGCUGUUUGGAACAACUUGUAACAACCUUGUUGAUAUUAUCAGACUUGUUGCAAGGUUGUUCCAACGGGUCUGAUACAGUCAUGAUAUAACAAUAUUGUUACGCCCUUGUGUCGUCAAACUUGUAACAUUCUUGUUAUAUUAUGACUGUAUCAGACCUGUUAGAACGACCUUGUAACAAGUCUGAUAAUGCCAUCAAGCUUGUUAAAAGUUGUUAACAGCUUGUUCCAAACAUGUUACAACAUCUAGCUGAACUAGGAACAAGCAGUGCGAACACAACUUGUCGACAGCUUGUGAACAGAUUUGUAACAAUUUGAAAAUAGUAAAUAAAUUUAAAAAAUUAUUUUCUCCAUUUCAGAUGUAUGGCAGUGGCAAGGAGCUGUGCAACACAUGGGGACAAUCGUUUCUCUAUGUUGACCCAAAAUGCCCAUGUAGCAGAAUGGAUAGACCAAUACCUGGCAACGUUGACGAGACAUCUACAUGUUCUGCAAGUUCAAAGAUGACUUUGUUUUCCGCUUUUUCCUUACUUAUUUUGAUCGGCAUAAACCAUGCACAGAUUUCUAGAUCCUAA